UUGUUUGUUUGUUUGUUUAUUUAUUUGGAUGCCUCUGUCCAUAGUACAAGAGAUUUGAUGCAACGGGUGGGUCGUGGUUGUAAAAAUCCUACCGAUAGAGGGCGCUUUCAGCAGGCCCAGCAAGAGAGAAAAAAAAUCCCCAUGAGGCCGUAUUCCAAUACCUCCUGACUUUCUAGAUAAGCACCCUACAAAGUAGUGUCACAUAAUGGCGCUCCUAGUACCCUACAUAUCCAAUAGCGUGGCGUUUGCUAUACAGCCGAUGAGAUUUUUGGAUUCCAGUCGUCCAGCACCGUUCCCACCAUUCCGCGUAUAUUUUCUCUGAGAGAAGUGAAAGGUCGCCUGUCCUCCUCGGGGUUUUUUUGUUUGUUUGUUUUUGUUUUUUUGUUUAUCCACUUAAACCCAUAAACAGUUUCAGUUUGUUUUCUCUAAUCCGUCGUUUUAUUUGUAUAUAAUAGAGACACUCGUACUUUCCAAGUGAAGUAUCUUAAGCUCGCUUAUCUUUUUUGUUGCUUGGUAAAGAGUAGUGCUUUUUAAACAGUUCACGCGACGCGACGGUCUCUAAGGCUGAGCUCAGGUACCCUCAGAGUUCAGUGUGCCUGAAUCACAGGAGAGUCAUUUAGAGGAAUUCACCACGCGACAGCUGUCGUAGUUCUCCAGUUCAACGUAAGCCUAUAUCGCAUCAAUCAGUGUCAGUGCCCCUGGUAGCCCCUCCCCUCUUCCUCUACAUUUUGUGGACUGUAUGGAGAGAAAUGUGGAUGACGAUUAGGGGAAAAGGUCUGUGAAGAUCACCAUCAAGAAGAAUGUCAUCAAAGAUGCAGAGCUCGAAUAACAUAGCGCAGGCGAGAAGAAUUGUACAGCAGCUACGGAUAGAGGCAAACAUCGAGAGAAUAAAGGUUUCUAAAGCCUCUGCAGACCUUAUGCAUUACUGCAGCGAGCACGCCAAGUACGACCCUCUACUCAUGGGCAUCCCAGCCUCAGAAAACCCUUUUAAGGAUAAGAAACCUUGCACUAUAUUGUAGUGGAUAGCACUAAUCAUGUGCUCUUUGAUGCCUCCUUUUUUUUAUAGAGAAGAAUAUUUUACCUUAAAGCAUUCAUACACUAGUCGCCUUAAAGUCAGCUAACCUCCUCAUUCUCACUCUUCUUUUAUUCUCCUGCCCUCCAGGCUUGAACAGGAGUCUACACUUGAAACAUAUCCCCUUCUUUUACUUCUGUUCUAUUCAAGGAAACCAGACCAAAAACCUCUAAGUAAACAUGUUUUAUGGUGCAUUGACAAAGCUUGUGAUAGGAUUUUUUUUCUUUUUAAACCCUUCUAUUGAUUGCCAGAACUGAGAAGCUGUUUGCUGUGAUCGUGCUAUCUGAUGUGGUCUAGACCAGACCAUUUUGCAAAUAAAGAAACAGAAAAAAAAUCUCAGUUGGGAAGUACCCAAACAAAGAGCUCUACUCAUCAAGGCCAAUUCCGUUUUCUUUGAUCAUCACGCCCACUUAAUGUCUCUGUUCCUGAUAAGCUCAGACGUAGCACUCUGUGACUUUGUGUUAUAGCAGUGAGCUAAAGAUUCAACCUUUUACCUUUCAAAGAAAGUGAGAGAAGUCUCGACACCUGAAACAGUGCUCUAAAUGUCUAAUACUACUUUUUUUCGAAUUAUUUGCUUUAUUACGAAUUACUUUAUUUGCGAAGUGCAUUUUUACAUUUGCAGAUAAGAUAAAAUGUAUUUCUAGCAUAAAAAUGAUAGAGUCACUGGUGCAAAACUAACACCGCUCCACAUAGUAAUUAAUCAAGGCAACUGGACUUAUCAUUAUCAAGUGAUAGUUGAUGAAAAAAAAGUCGUUCUUUAGCAUAAUGCAGUCUGCAUGCCUGAAUUAUCUUAAAUCCCACCACGGAAAACUAAUGAUUAUUUUAUAAAAUGUCUGAAUUAGUGCCUUCAGUUGGCUUAGUAUGGGUUAGCACUGUUGCCUCUCAGCAAGAAGGUCUUGGGUUCGAAUCCCGGGUUCGAACAGGCAGGGGCCUUUCUGUGUGGAGUUUGCAUGUUCUCCCCGUGCCUGCGUGGGUUUACUCCGGGUGCUCCGGUUUCCUCCCACAGUCCAAAAAAAUGUUGAUUGGUAAUUCUAAAUUGCCCAUAGGAGUAAGUGUGUGUGGUUGUCUGUCUAUAUGUGGCCCUGUGAUGGACUGGCGACCUGUCCAGGGUGUACCCCUGCCUUUCGCCCAAUGUGUGCUGGGAUAGGCUCCAGCAGACCCCCAUGACCCUAAUUAGGAAUAAAGCGGGUAUAGAAGAUGGAUGGAUGGAUGGAUGGAUAGUGCCUUCAGAUGCUGGGCCAAACCUCUGUGUGUCAGGUGUAAAUUGACAGCAGACCACAUGCAUAGGAAAAAAAAAAAGGGAUAAUAGCUAUUUGACAUUUUUUUGCUCAGCCCAUAUUUACCUCUUUAAUACAGGAUCAGAAAACACAUAAACAAGUGCAUUUGAGGUUGGUAACUUAUACUGUAUGGUGUUGAGUAUGUGAUAUUGGACUUCAUUUAGCAUGAAGGAGACAAACAAAUAAACUCACAAGUUACUCAUAUGAGCAUGGCAAGAAAUGUGGUAUUCGUGAAACUCCAGUAAGUCCAGAGAAAUGUUUAUAUCGAUGAAUGUGUCUAGGUUUCUUGCAUUAAAUAUUAAAUAGAAUCUCAGCUGACAGAAUUCUGAUCAUAUCUUUGGUUGCUGAGUUGCUGAAAUUUUAUAUACUGUAUGCUAAUCUAAUUAUGUUGUCAAACUUAAAUAGUUUAUUUAUUUAUGACUACACUCACAAAUCUAAGUGAAAUGUGGAUUUUUUCAUAUUAAUUUCUUAAAAAAAGCAAAGUUUAAACAAAUACCUAAAUUAAGAAAAAAAAAGGCUAGAUAUUCACUUAAGACAAAAAAUAAAUGGCAGGAGGAAGGUCUGUUAGACAAUUUAGAUCAUCCCAUUUAACAAUGUGCUUUUCCACUAUUUAGUCUCCAUUUUGUUGUUCCCAGCUCUCUGUUUGCCUUGCCGUUGCCUUUUAUGGAGUUUUGUGACAACUCUAAAUGUAAGUCAGCUGUGCUGUGAACACCCCUGGUACUUUACUGGUAAUCGCCAUUCAUGAACAUGUGAAUGUCUUACCGAUAUGUUUCCGACUAUUGUGGGUUUUUUUUUUUUUUUUUUUGCUUCGAACCCUUUGAAAUGAUUCAUGAAUGAGGCUCGUCCCAGCUGAUUUGGGGUUAGGGGAAAUUGUUUAAAUUGUGUUUUUGCUCAAACAAAUGAUUGAAAUGUUUUGUCCACUAGUCUAUUUCACUACCAUUCCAAAUGAUGGAUAUGUAAAGCUGUUCCCACACAGACUAGCCUGCACCGUCUAACCAAGUGACUAAUCUCUCUUUAUAUUCUGCCAUUCUGGACUGGUUUUAAUAAUAAGCAAGCUUAAACAAAACAGCUUUGGGAAUUAAACACCAAAUACACAGCUCUACACACUCUCAAAGAUUUAACACAAGUCCAGUUGCUUUGUCUUAAUACUACUAGACAAUGAAAAUGACCCAGAUGACCAAUAGCCUUUAGAGCCCUGUUGCUCAUUGUGGAGAAACCUGUGGCGUCACUCUGACGUAAUUCGUCCUCAGCAGUACCAGCACUCCCUCUUUAACACGGCACAUGUGAACAAUGGAGAGUUUCAUACAGGUCAGUGAAAGUUCGCCUCCUCUGUCAGAGCACUAAACCAACCAUGCUUUCUUUUCACUCUUCCCUUUACAAAGAUGCCAAAACACCACACAUCAGCUUUUCCACAGUGCGAUAGAAAGCUCUCUUGUCUUUUGCGUGCAGAAAACGUGAGCGCAGUGCUGCAAGAAUGAGAAAAACCAUCAUUACUGUAUGGCCUACAUAGGUUAUGUUGCACAGCCCCUGCCAAAAGCAUGUUUGAGAAGUGAGAAGCAUGACCCGAAUUCCCCUGCCUACACCGUUCUUGCAUAUGCCUUAGAAAACUUUAGACCUUUGUUGUUGUCCUGUUUAUGGUAGAUAUAGUAGCAAUAUAUAUGAUUGCAGAUAAUGGUACAGUAAUAUAUUGUAACCCUUUAAUGAUUAUAUGCCUUAUUUCCAUGUAAAAAAUGCUUUUGAUUGUUUUGAUUUCUAAUGAUAAUAUCUUCUUCUGAAUGAUGAUCUCUGUAACUUGUUUGUGCCAUCCUGUCACAUUCAGUCUAGCCAGCCACAGUAAUGUGUCUAGAGUCACUGCCAGUGCUUCUCUAUUUAUCUAUGCUGAGCAAACCUUAGACUAGGAAUUACUCCAGUGACUGUUAUUGUGAAUCUGAACAUUCCAUGUUUACAACUGCAGGUUCGGGUGAAAACGCUUCAUAAUACCAUGCACUUUUUAAUGUGUGUGUGAGUGCAUUUUUUAAUAUAUAUAUAUAUAUAUAUAUAUAUAUAUAUAUAUAUAUAUAUAUAUAUAUAUAAGAACGCUUAAUGUGUAUGCUUAUCAUAUGGCUGGCUGAAAACAAGUGAAGGCCUUAAUAAAGUUUUCUUGCUUUCACUCUAGCUAUUCUCUUACACACUCAAGGGUUCCUCUACUGUGAACUAGCAGCCUGCAGUCCUACACACUGUGUAUCACCAAUCCUCAGGACAAACGGAGUAAAGCCUUUGGCACAUGCCAAUUGGAAAAAAAAAAGAAAAAGUUGUUUAGCACAAAUGCUGACAUGGCCAACAAUAAAUGGAACAGCAGCUGUCAACAAUUAGACAUGCUUAAAUCUGGGGUUUAAUAGCCGACUAGCAGUGCUAGCACAGUUAACCAAACCUUACUGAUAGGGUUGCCAAAUACAAUCACUCGUCAUUUAUUUAAAAACUUGAGAAAUGAAUUCUAAAAUGAAACGUGUUGGAUCUGGAAUGCACAUAGAAACUAAAUUAAAUUCCAAUGACAGCACUCCAAGUAUAUAUAUAACUGAAUUCUUUAAUCACUAAACAGCCUUGUACUGCCUAUUAAGUGAUGUUUUAUCGUAUUUUCCCCCUAAAGAGUAUUGAAUUCUUUUUGUUAGGGUACUCUGUAAUUCACGCAGGAUAAUAAUGUGUAGUGUCCCUGAAGGUGAUUUUGUAUGCACCCUUGUGAUAACUCGCUCAAGCUUUUUGCCUUUCAAAGCAAAUGAUUGUUUGAAUAAGAAGUGCACUCAUCCUCACCAUUUUGUGUGGAUCUUUCUUCUCAAACGAACCUUUGACCUGUGAAAAACACCAGAGCUUGAUGGCAAAUUCUGAUGUUACAAAUGUCCUUUUUCCAGUUAAAAUUAAAUAUAAUUUUAUUCACAA